AUGACGCCAUCGAUGUACAUGGGGCGCGUUGAAGAAGUACCACAAGAUCAACUUGUAGUCAGAAAUAACGAGUAUCUUGUGCCGAUCGCUCAUUUUGAUAAGGAUCCAGGACGAAUGUUUGGCGUUCCAUUCUUCUUAAAGGUCUCUAAUGACGAGUUACUGUCCAGCGUUCGAGAGCGUAUCCAAGCUAGACUAGAAAUUCCGGAGAAGGAGUACGAGAAGUAUAAAUUUGCGCUAAUCUCGUCCUCUAGGGUUGUGAGGUAUCUUGACAUGACUUCGAAUGGGAGGGUGAACCUGGCUGAGCUUGGUCAUGCUCAUGUCGCAUCACUAGCAACAUCGCCAUAUCUUGGCCUCGAUCACAUGAACAAGUCUCGUGGAGCUCGUGGAUCACAUGCUGCAGAGAAAGCUAUAAAGGGACGAACACCGAGGAGGGUCACUGAAGAAAAGGGCACUUUGGAGAGUGAUAGCACAGAUAUGAAUAUCGGAUCCAUGAAUGCUGUCAAGGACACAUUCGAGCUGGACACGGACCGCGGCACACACGGGUCUGAAAAGGAGAGCAAAGAUAUGGAUGUCGACAAUGGAGAUACGGUCGCUAAAAAUGUUAGGGAUUCAGCCAGUGAAGAAGACGGUGCAUGCACACCUCCAGAUGUUGUAAUGGAUGUUAAGGUCUCUUGUGAUGACGAGUGUGCGGAACCCAUCAAGAUGUUUGAAGAUAUGCUUCAUGGUGAAAGCGAGUAUAUAACAGAAGAAGAGGACGAUCCUGAUGAUUUGUACAAGCCGGAGGGAACAAUAUACCUUGACAUUGAUGGGUUCAGUCAUUUCUGUAAAGGAUCAUCCGAAACACAGCAACGCCUCUCGAAACCAGUAUUUGUUCGAGGCCUUCCAUGGAAAAUCCUAGCAAUUCCAAGAGAUGUAGGACGAGUUGGUACUGGUGCGAGACCUAAUAAAGCUCUCGGUUUUUUUCUUCAGUGCAAUGCAGACUCUGACGCGGUCGCUUGGAAUUGCAUAGCGUCAGCAUCAUUGAAGGUGUUGGGGCAGUUCGAAGGUUUUGAAGAUCACACACGACGGAUAACUCAUACCUUUUAUCCAAAGGAAAACGACUGGGGAUAUUCACAAUUUUUAACAUGUGAUCAUUUGAUUAAUCCCGAAAAUGGUUUCAUUAAAGACGAUACUAUUCGCUUGCUAGUUCAUGUGUCUGCAGACGCUCCGCACGGUGUACAGUGGGAUAGCAAAAAACAUGCGGGUCAUAUUGGACUAAAAAAUCAGGGAGCUACCUGUUAUAUGAAUUCUAUACUACAAACACUGUAUUUUACUACGAAAUUGCGUAAGCCUCCACUCUUCAUUCCAGUCAUGCAAUCCUUCCGUGAAUACGUACAAGUUGAGCAGCUGGAUGGGGAGAACAAGUAUGACGCAGGUGUUUACGGAAUGCAACCGGCUGAGAAAGGAGUGAAAUUUGUUUUAUUGCCUCCGGUUCUGCAUUUGCAGUUGAUGCGCUUUCAGUAUGACGCUACUUUAGACGCAAAUGUGAAGAUCAAUGACAAGUUUGCCUUCCCGGAUAAACUGUGCUUAAACGAAUUUGUCGAAGAUAACGACGAAGAUUACACUUAUUCUCUGUAUGCCGUACUGGUCCAUUCAGGUGACUUUCAUGGAGGUCACUACGUUGUCUUCAUUAAUACAGGCUUGCGACCACCAGGAGAAAAACAUAAACCGAAGGUAUGAUU